CGGUAGUCUAGCAAGCGACUCUUCCAACGAACGUCCUUGGAAGAGCGAGGCGCACGAACCGAACCGCACGUCCAACGACUCCCGACCAGCCACUCACUUGCCUUCCGCACCGCCGCCAGCGCAGAUAUGGGUGACAUCUCUCGCACCUUGGGACGCUCCUGCCGCAGGACGCCGUCGAAAGGCCAGGACUCGCUCACGACCCUCAUCUGCCGGAAACUGCGCGAGAGCGGCCAGGACGACGAGUUCCUGCAGAGCGUGAUGGACGCCCUGUUUGACCUCAGGGACGAGCUGAGUAGGUGUCCCUCCCGCAAGGAAUCCAUCAAGCUCGUCCGCCGCACGCUGUCCAGGGCCAUCGCCGAGGGGAAGAGGGGCCAGGACAUGGCGGAGGACUCGCAGGACGACCUAGGAGCGAGGCCGAUCGUCCAGCUGCUGGAGGAGGAGCUCAAGGGGGAGAAGGAAGAAGAGGCGCAGAAAGAAACUUUGGCAGAAGGCGAACUCGAGUGCGGAGAAGACGUUCCCGACCACAGGGGAACGACAGGAACACGACCUCAGAAAGACGACCACAAGACUUCGGAAGGAGAGCAACUGACAAAGGACAGUAACGACGCUCCUCCUUCGAUUCUUACGAAGGAAAAUAAGAUUAGCGACGAGAAAGGAGGAAACACCCAGGAGACGGCGAUUCUCAACGGCGUCCAGAUCGAGAGAAUUUUCCCUCGGAAAAGAUGCUCGUUUUCACACUUCUACGGAGAGGAAGACAGAGAGACCAUGUCCGUUAAACUUGUUGUGAAGAAUAACAAGUGCACUCUCUACAAACUAGAAGACGACGCCCCUAUAGAACUGGGAGUGUUCCACGCUGACAACUUGACAAAGCUCGAGAACGGCUUCAAAGUGAGCUUGGAGACCGAGACGCCCUGCGAUGACGUCGACGGGGGCAAGCGAGUGAAGGAGACAAGGACGAAGAAGAAAGAGGCGUCUUUGGUGAUCCUGACCAUCCCGCAGGAGCAGCAGGAGGAGUGUAUGAACGUCAUAUCUAAGAUGAGAAGAUCAUUGUUUGGGAUCCUCUUCGGAAAAUCUACUCUUUCUUCGUCAGUAUAACUUUGUAUAGAUGUUGUAUCUUGUAUUUCAUUGUGUAUUGUAUUAGUGUUUUUGUUGUGCCGCCAUAUAAUUUAUAUUUUUAAUUCCAUAAUACUAAUGUUUUAUUCACUACGUUGUAUAUAUCCAGAUGCAUCUUGUAUUUCAUUUUAUAUUGUACUAGUGCUUUUGUUGCGCCGCCAUAUCAUUUAUGUUUUCAGUUUCAUAAUGCUAAUGUAAUAUAAUUUAUAUAUUUUAUAUUAUAUAAUUCAUAUUUUCAUUUAAUCUAUAUAUCGCCAUAUAAUCUAUAUCUUCAGUUUCAUAAUGCCAAUAUCUUAUUCACUACGCUGUAUAGAUCUCUUUCAAAUAAAAAUAUGUACAUACCGUAUAUUC